UGGCACACCUUCUUCACCUGUACACGCGCGCACACUGAAGCCAGCAGCAGCAUUCUCCUAUAGAUAUGCGGAAGUGAAGCGAGGAGCAGAGUUUCUACCUGAGAUCCAUGUUUAUUAGUGACUGGUUGCUUUUAAUGAUGAGUGAUGGACUAAUAUGUUAAUGAGCUGCAAGACGGAACAUGUAGCCUGCUUUCUGGUUGGAUCUACCUUUUCUCUCUGACAGAACUUCACAUCAACACCGGGACAAACUCCAACAUGUUCUUCAAGUCUCCCCAGGAAAGCUUUGAGCUGUGUGACGGACAGAAGAAUGAUGCUGAGCCUUUACUUCCUCAAUUGCCCGGCCGGAGGACAUUUGACUACGUACUGGUGGCCGACAAGUUGGACGAUGAAACAGGCCAGAGGGCUCAGAGACAGAGAGCCUUCCUCGGGCAGCUAGAAGAGAAAAACAUCACCAUCUCUAGGAUUGUCCAUGAGGAUAAAGUGUUUUUCGGCCUCCGUGCUCCCAGUGAGAUGUUUAAAGACUACCAGUACCUGCUCAAAGUCUCCGACUCCUGCAACUGGUGUGGAGAUAUAAAGGGCUCCGUCACCCAGGCUACCAGAAUCCGAAUUGUCCAUUUCAUCCUUCACCAGACCUACAUCAACACAGGAGAGAACCUGGAUGAACUGUUGAUGAAGAAUGUGUUUGAAACCGUGUUCUGCCUCCAUGAGAGGAGGAAGCAGAAGGAGCUGAGGAAGACGUGGGCUCGAUGGACGGGUCUGUUUACAGGCCAACCGGUCAACGAAGUCAAGGGUUACUUUGGAGAGAAAGUGGCUUUGUACUACCUGUGGCUGGGCUGGUAUACCAGGCUGCUGGUCCCAGCUGCUGUUCUGGGUGUUGUAGUCUUCCUGUAUGGACUCGCCUUUUUCAACACCAACCCUCUCAUUAAGGAGGUGUGUCAGUCCAGCAUCAUCAUGUGUCCUCGCUGUGAUAAGAGAUGUAACGUGUGGCAGCUGUCAGACACCUGUACCUACGCUAAGGUCAGCCAUCUGUUUGACAAUGAGGGCACUGUGGCUUUUGCGAUGUUCAUGGCAAUCUGGGCCACUCUGUUCCUGGAGCUGUGGAAGAGACACAGAGCCAGAUAUGUUUCUAAGUGGAAGGUCUAUGACUGGUGUGAGGAGGAGGAGGAACUGAUUCUGGAUAUAGUCAAUGAUCCAAACUGUAACCCAGAUCCGUUCAAACACUCCUACUUUCGCAGCACUCUGGUCCUCAUUCUGGUAACUCUCAUGCUGAUGCUGAUCAUCGGUCUCGCCCAUGCCCUGGUGGUGUUUCGAGUGGUGGCCGCCCCCUUGAUGUCUGAGGGCGCCUGGGAGUUCAUCAGGGAUCACGCCAACACUGUGGCUGUGAUGCUUGGAGCUGUGCUGCACUAUCUCACCAUUCAGAUCAUGACCCGGGUCAACCGAUGGGUGGCCCUCAAGCUGUGUCACAUAGAGAAAACAAACUCAUUUGCUGCCACAGAGAGGAACUUCACCGUCAAGAUGUUCACCUUCCAGUUCUUCACACUCUUCUCCUCGCUCUUCUAUGUGGCCUUCUUCCUUGGCAGGAUAAAUGGCCAUCCAGGGGACUAUGUGCGUAUCGCUGGAUGGAGACUGGAGGAGUGCCAUCCUAGUGGUUGUCUGACAGACCUCUUCAUCCAGAUGGCUGUAAUCAUGCUGCUCAAACAGACUCUCAACAACAUCUUUGAGUUCACUGUGCCCUGGUUUAAGAACUGCCUGAGCAGAAACAAGGCAAAGAAGCUGAAGAGGCAGUGCGGUCACUGUUACAGGAAGGCUUGCCGUGAUGAACAGGGCCGUGUGGAACCAUGUGACAACUGCAAACUUCGGGACUGGCUGUCCAAUUAUGACCUGACCCCCACGGAUGCCUUCAGUCUGUUCAACGAAUUCCUGGAGAUGGUGGUCCAGUUCAGUUUCACCACCAUAUUUGUGGCAGCGUUCCCCCUCGCCCCCCUGCUGGCUCUCAUCAACAACGUCUUUGAGAUUCGCCUGGACGCCAUCAAGAUGGUCCGCCUGGAACGGCGGCUCGUUCCUCGGAAGACCAACGACAUCGGUGUGUGGACCAAAGUGUUGGAGGCCAUUGGCGUGUUAGCAGUGAUUGCCAACGGUUUGGUCAUCGGAGUCUCAUCAGACUUCAUCCCACGCCUCGUCUACAAGUACCGUUACGGCCCCUGUUCUAACGGAACCACUCACACGCACUGCAUGGAGGGCUACAUUAAUGACACUCUGUCCACGGCCGUUGUGACGCACCCGGCAAUUCGACUGGACUUUCUUCCGAGACAGAUGAUCACAGACAACGGCUUCAACGUCACGCAGUGCAGCUACAGAGACUACAGGAAUGAUGAUGACUACACUCUGACUUCUCAGUUCUGGUUGGUUUUGGCCGUGCGCUUUGCCUUUGUCAUCUUGUUUGAGCAUGUCGUGGUGGUGUGUAAAUUUAUAGCGGCCUGGUUCGUCCCCAACAAUCCCAUCCGGGUGAAGAACAAGCGGCUGCAGGACAAACUGGGUCGGCUGAAGGACGAGCUACGUGAAAGGAAACGCAGCGUAUCAACAGACGUCUGAGCUCCUACAGCUGACCUCAGAACUGCCUACAUCGAUGAGUCCUGACGGGUUGAAGUGUCGAAGUGACAGAUGAUGUCUUCUUUUUUAUCAUUUCUAUUCGCUGUUGGAAUACUAGACUGGACUGGACUGUACGGUUGUGUGAGGUUUAUUUGUCAGGUUAUCGUUGGACGUGCUGACACGUCAUCACACAACCGCUAAACAGCUAAAAGUCGUGAUGUUUUUAUAUCGAAAUGUGAGAAAUUAAAUUGUCAUUUAAUGUUGUCGAUAAGUUGUUGUUGUUCCAUGAAGCAGGGUCACUUGGUUCUCUUGGUAAAGGAAUAGUUCAACAGUUUCCUGCCCAGCGUUAGAUGAGAACAUCACUACUGCACCUUUUACAUGAUUUCAAUGAACUCCACAAUGAAUGUGUUCAGUCUGUCCCGAUACCCACACUUACAUUCUCGAGCACACAGUUUUUACGACUGCACGAUUUUGAAACAGGGUUAAUUUUGUCAAAACACUACACACAAUUCACACAAUCACAUACACACAAGUAACAGAACACCUCCGAUCAGCCAUAACAUUAGGUCAGCAUGGGCACCCUGACAUAUCAUCCUUACACUUGCCCAUUUGUUCCGCUUCCAACACGAAGUUCAAAGUUCAAAAUGUUCCCUUGCUGUCUAAUAUAUCCCCCCCACUGCCAGGUGCCAUUGUAACCAGAUAAUCAAUGUUGUUCACUUCACCUGCCAGUGGUCUUAAUGUUAUUAAUGUUAUGGCUGAUCGGUGUAAAUCCCAAUUUUGUCACCGUGUGGCACACACAUGGUUCAUACGAUCUGAUUCUGUUCAAACCAGUUACACACCGCUGAAAAGUAAAGUACAUGAACAUAUUGACCGAACACAAGGCCAGUACUGCACACUGAUGACAAUAUUUAAUUCUGUCCACAUCGUAAAAUCAGUCGAUACAUCUGUGCAUUUUGCACCGAAAAUCAGAACAGAAAAUAUUCUAAAUAUAUAAUAUAGAACAUAAACAUAGCAAAAACCAUUGUGGAGACAAAAAAAGAAAGCACCUGUUGCCUUUUUAUAGCGCUUACGCCUGAUUGGUGGGUUUACGAUUAAAUACCUAAGUGUGUAAAAGUGUGAGGCUGAUAAUGUGCUUCUAUAUGAGUUGUGCUUUAUGUGUCAUUUUAGUGUGUUACUGUAAAUGAUUGUUCAUGCACUGCAGGAAGUAAAGUUUGUUUGAAGUCAGA